AUGAUGGAAACGAAAAAUGAAAUUGCGAUUGUGGGGAUUGGAUGUAAUUUUCCUGGAGGUGAAGGAAUUGAUAAUUUCUGGCGAGUACUAGAAGAAGGCAAAAAUUGUAAUAUAGAAAUACCUCCAGAAAGAUUUGAUAUCAAGGACUGGUAUGAUCUGGACAACACCAAACCAGGGAAAACAAGCACAAGACAUGCAGCUUUCACUAAAGAGUUUAAUACUUUUGACAACAAGCUUUUUGGAAUCAGUGAUGCGGAGGCUGAGCGGAUGGAUCCCCAGCAGAAAUUGCUUCUGGAAUGUACCUAUAGAGCACUGGAAGAUGCCGGAGUUACGAGAGAAAAUAUUACUGGCACCAAAACAGGGGUUUUUGUUGGUAUGAUGAACCGAGACUAUGGGCUUAUAAGCAACAGGGACACCUCUGAAAUAAACCAUUAUGAUGGCACAGGGGCAGCAAUGAGCAUAGCUGCUAACCGGAUUUCAUACACUUUUAAUCUGACAGGGCCAUCCGUCGCUAUUGACACGGCCUGCUCUUCAUUCCAUUAUGCUUUGCACUUUGCCUCACAUGCAAUUAAACAAGGGGAUUGUGAAGCUGCUGUUUGUGGAGGAGUGAACUGCAUCAUAGAUCCACGAAUGUUUGUAACGCUGAGUAAAGCAAAAAUGAUCUCUCCAGAAGGAAUCAGUAAACCCUUCUCUAGAAAAGCAGAUGGCUAUGGAAGAGGAGAAGGUUGUGGGGUUCUGUUCCUGAAAUCAUUGCAGAAGGCACAGGAAGAUUUCAACAGAAUAUGGGGCGUUAUCAGCAUCUGUGCUGUCAACCAGAAUGGAAGGUCUGUCACUCCAAUCACCAAACCAUCUCAACAAGAACAGGAAAACCUGCUACGCAGCAUUUAUCCUUUUCACAUUGAUCCAUCCACUGUGCAGUACAUAGAGGCACAUGGCACAGGAACGGCUGCGGGAGAUCCCACCGAGGCCAAGAGUAUAGGCAACAUCAUUGGUAAAAAGAGGCCUCCUCACCUGCCCGCUCUCAAGAUGGGCUCCGUGAAAGGGAACAUUGGGCACACUGAGUCGGCUGCUGGGGCUGCAGGCUUAAUCAAGGUUCUUCUCAUGAUGCACCAUGGAAAGAUUGUUCCCUCCUUGCACUUUUCGGAGAGCGUCAGCAGCAUCAACACGGAGCAAUUAAACCUCUCCAUUCCAACCAGUGUGGAGAAGUGGGAAGAGUCUAGUGAGCUUGGCAGGGCAGCUGGGGUCAACUGUUUUGGAUUUGGGGGGACUAAUGCCCACGUUGUUGUCAGACAAGUUAAACAAACCCAGGUUCUUUCCCCAAUCAAAAGGCCUGUUGAACUGUUUGUCCUUUCUGCAGCUUCAGGUAAAUCUCUCAGACUGACAAUGGAAGACACUGCUAGGCGUGUGAAUACGAGUGAGUCAGUAACACUCCCAAGCGCAGCCUAUACUUCGGCAUGCAGGAGAAGCCACAUGAACUUCAAAUACAGGAAAGCCUUUGUGGCAUCUUCUCUGCAGCACUUGAAACAGCAGUUUCUCUCUGCAGCUGAAACGGAAAUAGUUCCGUCCAAGAAAGCUCCACAACUGAUUUUUGUCUUCUCUGGGAAUGGUCUGAAUUUGAAAGGGAUAUUCAAAAAUUUGCUGCAAUCGGAACCUGUGUUCAGAGACAAAUGUAAAGAAAUAGAGGGAUUAUUCCAGCAACUCAUUCCUCUUAGUAUCCUAGGACUGGCCGAAAGCGACCGUGAUGAUUUGACAAGGCCCGAAAUAGCCCAGCCCUUACUCUUCACCCUGCAGGUGGCCUUGGCCACACUGCUGCAGCACUGGGGAAUUAAGCCUACUGCAGUUGUUGGCCAUUCAGUUGGUGAGGUUGCUGCCGCCCAUUGCGCUGGCUUUAUUUCCCUGGAAGAUGCUGUCGAGGUCAUCCAUCACAGGAGCAGGUUACAGGCUAAGGUCACCGGAGGCAGAAUGCUGGUUGUCGGUAACAUCCCCGUUCAAGAAGUGUCAGAGGCCAUUGGAGCAUACUCUGGGAAGGUCUGCGUUGCCGCAUUUAAUAGCCCUCAGUCUUGUACCUUGUCAGGAGACGCAGGUUCCAUCAAAGCCAUUCAGAAAGAUCUAGUUGAACGUUUUGGUGGAAGGAAUGCUUUCCUUCAUGUUUUAAAUGUACCAGCUGCAUAUCACAGCCACAUGAUGGAUCCAAUACUACAAGAAUUGGCAGGGAGUCUAUCGGGAUUAAAGAAGUGGAAGCCAGAAAUUGAUCUAAUUUCUACUGUAACAGGGAAGGUGGCUUCAGAAGAUGAUACUGUGUCAGGCAACUACUGGGCCAGACAAGUUCGUGAUCCUGUUUCAUUUGCUCAGGCCAUUAUGUCUUCCGUGAGAGAGAAGCCAAAUGUUGUGUUCAUUGAAAUUGGUCCCCACAGAGCACUGCAGAGAUAUAUCACGGAAACGUUAGGAAAGGAAACUAAAGUUUUUUCUUCCUUGCAAGCUGACAGAGAGUAUGAGGCACUUCUUACACUCGUAAAAGGCCUGUUUGAACUUGGGUUCAAUCCAGAUUGGUCACACCUCUAUGAUGGAUAUCAAAGUGUGCCAGCAAGCUACCCUAGGUACCAGUUUGAUCAGAAAAAGCUGAACUCCCACAUAAAAAAUGUGCUGCAACAACCAAACCACCCUUUAAUUCACAGCAUCAGCUAUGACAAUACAGAAUUCAAGUGUUCCAUAUCUCGGGCACAAACACCGUACGUAUAUGAGCACGAGCACAAUGGUGUUGCUGUAGUUCCUGGUGCCUUUUUUGUUGAACUUGCUUUAGCAGCUGUGAUGACCAGUUCAAGACCAAAACUUCCCUUAUGUUUCUGUCAAAUGAUGAUAAGGUUCAUGGCACCAUGUGUUUUAAGUGAAGAUUCUCAUGAUUUGAAGAUAAAAAUGGAAUGGCAAAAAGCACUGAAUGAUUUCAAAAUACUGUCCCCAUUAGGUGAAGUUUAUGCUUUGGGACAUGUCACAUGGAACCAGAAAAUAUCCCUUGAAGAAAGGAGUAUUUCCUAUAGAGAUAUUUUUCAACGAUGUACAACUUUGGUAAGCAGCAAGGAACUGUAUGAAAUGUUAACUUCCUUCGGAUUCCAGUAUGGUUCAUCAAUGAAGCUGAUGAGUGAUGUAUUUUAUUGUGAAGAACUGAAGGAAGCUAUUACUUUAAUUAAGGUGAACAAACAAACUGCAGUAGAAAUGUACAAGUAUUUUAUCCAUCCAGUUCUCUUAGACUGUUUUCUCCAACUAACAGGGGUGAUUACUACAAAAACUUGCAAAAAUGGUAUAGGAUUUCCUUCUUACAUAAAUAGCCUUGUAAUUGUUAGACCUCUGGAAGAGGAAUUGUUUAUAUAUUUGAAAAUAAGCAAGUCUACCGAGAACUAUAUAGAGUUUUGUGGAUGCUUUACAGAUAAACAUGGUUCCAUCUUAGCUGAGAUAAAAUGUAUUAGGAUUACUCUUAUCAAGAAUUCUUCCCAUAGUGAACAUGACGUGCUGUUUGAAAAUAAAUGGAAGGAAAUACCUCAUUCCCACAUGAUCCAAAACUCAGGAAAUGCACCUAAGUUAGCAGUAUUUGCUGAUAAAAUAGGAGUCUCUCAGCAACUCAAAAAAUACUUACAUAAAGAUUCUAGGUUUUUGGCAUACAAGGACUGGGAGGAAUUGUUGGAAGUCAGAAGCCUGAAAUCACCUGCACAGGAAAAAAUUAAACUGGAACUGCAGAAUUACAAUGAUGUUUUGUUCAUGUGGGGAAUCCACCGAUUAAAUGAAGGAAAUCCAGACUCCCUAGUUGCAGAUUUGUCAAAAUGCUGUGAAGCUCUUCGGCAACUUAUUAUUGUUUUGCGAGAGAAGAACAUUCAUUGUUCCAUCAAGAUAGUCACAUACAGGACUACAGAGAAGUCCGUAGACCACAUUAAUCCUGGCUUUGCUUUGUAUGGCAUGGUGCGAAGCUGUAUGAUUGAAGUUUCCGAAAUCACAUUUCAGAUGAUUGACAUCAGCUCCACAAGCACAAUGGACAUCUCAGCCUUAGCAGACGUUUUAGCAGAAUAUAAACAAAAUUAUCCUGAACUCCGUAUCCAUCAUGGAAGAAUAUAUGUUUCUGAGAUCAGACGUACUUCAGUUAUUGGUGUACACAACAAUUUACCUUCUCAGGCUUGUCAGAAUACUGAGCUGUUCAGUCUGUACACUUCUGAUCCAUAUGAAACGAAGGACUUAUCUGCUGAGCUGGCUGAUAACACUAAUAUUCCUCUGGAUGAUCACAGUGUUGAAAUUCAGAUUGAGAAAAUAAGUCUUCAUUCUGAAGACUACUUUCCUGUUAGUGUCUCUAGCUGUGAGUUUGGAAAUGCAUUAUACUGGAAUUCACAGACAGUGGAUAAGCACAAGCUUCUAGCUCUGGACUGCAGUGGGAAAGUUGUUGCAACUGGCAGCAAAGUGAGGGAGGUCAAGGUGGGAGACGACAUUGUUUCCUGUUAUCCCGUUAUUGCAUCUUCCAGAAUCCGGAUCCCAGAGAUGGUAUGCUUUAACACCCAGAACUUCCCAUGCUUUGAAACUGUGCCAUGUGUGUCCUUCUUUCAAAUAGCAUGGGAAAUUUUGCAUCGGACAUUGCCAAAAAUUAAGCAGAAGGGAAUUUUAGGCAUUAUUUCUACAGAAUCAGAGUCAGUUUUGUGCAAAGUGCUUAAUCUGUCAGCUGAGGAAGCAGGAUGGAAAACCAUAUGUACAAGACUGGGCAGUAAUCUGGAGCAACGUAUUGAUGAAUGCAAUGCCCUUGUUUUUCUUCCUCCUCUAGAAAGGUUGCCCAAAGAUAUUUUAAGUCACCUCCCACAGCUCCAGGAUGUAGUCGUAAUAUGUGACAACUGCCAUACAGAAUGUCCAAGGUAUUUCAUUGGAAAUGAUAAUGAAAACUUCCAAAUUCAUAUUCUCAGUAUUAUCAGCAUUUUCCAGAAAGCAUCUUUGAAGAAAAAAAUCAAGCCCUUUUCCAGUUGGAUGAAGUCACUGCAACUUAAACAGUUUGUGAACAUACCUUGCUCAGUUUUUCAACAAACAGCGAAAUAUGAGAACACAGAUUCUUUAACAUCAUCGCAUUUUACAAGAAAAACGGUCCACUUUGCAGUGCUAAAAAGUAACAUGCACAGCAACUGUUGUUCAGAUAUACUGCUGUAUGAAGGAAAGGGGAAAAUGUUUAAGGAGAAUGCUGUUUACAUAGUUACAGGAGGACUCACUGGCCUUGGGUUUGAAACAGUUAGAUUUAUUGCUGAAAAUGGCGGAGGAUGCAUUGUGAUACUUUCGCGAAGAAACCCAAGUGCUGAGAAGCAGGAAGAAAUAAGGGUUUUGCAGCAUCAGAGUAAAGGGAGCAGAAUAAUCAGCCUGCAGUGCAAUGUCAUCUUCAGGUCCGAUGUCGAGAAAGCUGUCAGGGCAAUCAGCAGCAUCUUUCCCAAGUGCCCAAUCAAAGGGGUGUUCCACGGUGCUGUGGUUUUACAUGAUGGAUCCGUUGAAGCCUUGACUGUGUCUGACUUUGAGGAAGUUUUCAGUCCUAAGGUGGCAGGAGCCAUGAAUCUUCACCAUGCUACCCAAGGGCAGGAUCUGGACUAUUUUGUGUGUUAUUCAUCAGUUUCUUCAUUUCUUGGAAAUUCAAUGCAAGCAAACUACGCUGCGGCCAAUUCCUUCCUGGACCUUUUCUGCCAUUACAGGAGAAACUGUGGACUUGCAGCACAGUCCAUUAACUGGGGUGCCUUGAAUCUUGGACUACUGCAAAAUCAAAACGAAAUUCAAAAUUUCUUGGAAUCCAAGGGUAUAGCAAUCCUGCAAGUGAAUGAUUUUCAUGAGUAUUUUAAACGCAGUUUAAUUCUGAACAAUCCUCAACAAGCUAUCAUAAAGUUCAGUUUCAAAAACCUGACCAAUUAUUUCAUUUCUCAAAAUCCUGCACUCAGAAAUCGAAUGCAUUCACUCAUUGCAGAAAUCACUGGUGGUCAUUUAGAACCUUUCGAGGAAACCGUACCCCAGGACUUGGCUCCAGUAAAAUCUGAAGAUUAUAUCAUGGCCCUGGUGAGCCAACUUGGUGGUUCAGAUCGAAGUGAUAUAGCAAUGAAUGCAUCACUUUUGUCCAUUGGCAUUGAUUCUUUGUUAGUCAUGUCACUGCAGAAUCGCAUUUUCCAAGAACGACGAGUAGCUAUACCACUUGUAAAGCUGCUUGACCCUCAUACCACGGUGUUUACCCUUGCAUUGCUUUUAGAAGAAAAAUCUAAAGAAAGCAGAAAAUCUGAUAAUGCGUCCAGAAAGCAGAAUAUUGAAGAACACUGA